AUGGGACUUGACGUCGCAACUUCAGGGGCCCCUAAAGUUGCGACGACAAGUCCCAUCGGCGACGUCAGGCCCCUAAAGCUGCGACGUCAAGUCCCACUAUUAAAUCGACAAAGCUUGUUUGUCGUGGUCCGUGGACCGUGUCGAGGCAGAACUCUGCCGAUUAAGGCGGCUUUUCCACCGGGGGUUAUUCCUCCGAAGUUACCAAAGGCAUGGAAAUCACUUCGCACGAGGGCGUCACUAAUAAGCAGGAAAAGGUUGAGUAUUGAGUAUGAAUUUUUUUCCAUCGUUGGUAUCGUCGUUGGUAUGGUGAGCAAUAAAGGCGCGGCCGUGGUUCUAACUACUACCUACAGGCAAGCCUGUGAUCGUAUGUCCCGAACGCCGUACCAUGAACCCGACCAUCCAACCUCGACCGACCAGCCAGCAUGCAGAGAGAGCAGAUCGUAUCGCAAAUCAUAUCGCAGCAUACGCACGCUACUUCCUGACUCAACAAACGCAAUAUCACCAACUUUUCUUGCGUCUGACUUCUGCCCUAUGAUGCAAGCUCGAGCUCAAACGCCAAAAUCGUUCGAUCCAGACGAAGUGCCUACCAGCCCAUCCAUCCAGAGACAUCGAACAUCCAAGACACGAAGUAGCCGCAACUGGAUACAGGAUCAAUCAAACAAACGAAUGAACAAAAAUUGA